AGACGCAUGAUACCGUUAUGCAGGAAAUUAAAUACAUUUUACACCAGUUGCAUAUCGAAGCUGUUGUGACAGACGGGGGCCCCACUGUUAUAGUAACCCGCUAAGCUAAGCAAUUUUCGGUCGCUGUAAUACUUAAUGAAUCGAAGGCAAACGCUUGCUGGGCUGAGCCCAUCCCAGCUGAACAAGUCAGGCGCUAACGGAGGGCCUGGCCGUUCCGCCAAGGAUGGCACAGGGCUGCCCUCCAAGGCCAGGAAGAGCAUGGCUGUCGGCGUCAUCAUGGAUAAAUCAAUAGCAAAUGCUCCAGGCCUGGACCGGCGUUCAAGCGCGUUUGGUGCCAAGCCGUCCGGCGGUCCGAAGCACGACCCGCGCCCGCUGAACAGCAAGGACUUCCAGAGCAAUUGCGCCCGCACAGUCAUUGAGUAUCUUGCAUCACACGGAUUUAAGACUGAAGUGGCGCAAAAGACGCUUUUAAGCCCUACCGGCAAGGACUUCUUCACCAUCGUCGGCUUCUUAUUCCAGCAGAUUGAUCCUACAUUCCGGCUACAAGGGAAGGUGGAAGACGAGGUUCCACAAAUGUUUAAGCGGCUCAACUAUCCCUUCCCUAUCAGCAAGAGCGCACUCUUUGCUGUUGGCAGCCCGCACUCUUGGCCAGCGGUGCUAGCAGCGCUGGCAUGGCUGGUGGAGCUGCUCAACUACACGGAAAAGGCACAGGAGGGCACGAACGCAGCCUUUGAUGCCGACAACAAGAUGGAGGAGGACCUUCUGAAGUACCUCGCAGAGGGCUACACCGCGUUCAUGAGCGGCAAUGACGACCGCUGCCAGCAGCUGGACGAUGAAAUAGCGGUUAAAAUUACAGCCCAAGAGGGCGACCUGGACGCACGCUGUGAGAAGCUCAGGAAGGCCAACGCCGAGGUGCUUGCGGAGCUGGAGCGGCUGCGUGCGCUGCCCGACCCCGUGGAGGAGGCGCAGCAGCGGCGCGCGGAGCAGGUCGCCGACAACGAGAAGUUCGAGUCGCUCAUCCAGCAGCUGCAGGGCAUGAAGCAGUCGCUCACCCGCAAGUUGUCGGAGCGGAAGUCGGACUUUCAGGCCAGGCAGGACCAGGUGGCAGCGGCAAUGGCGGAGGUCGAGCAGCUGCGGCAGCGGGUCGCCAGCCAGACGGUCAACAAGGCAGAUGUCAAGCGCAUGAUUAUGGAGCGCAAGAAGCAAGCGGAGGCCCUCCAGUCUGAACAGGCCAAAUGCGAGGAGAUGGAGCGCAAAGUGCAUGAGCAGGAGGUGCAGAUCGUUCGGGGCCUGACCGCGCUGGAGUCCACCGUGGAGCGCUACAACAAGCUGGCGCACCGCCUGAAGCUCGUCCCCGCCACCUCCAAGCGCGCGGAUGGGAAGAACUAUGAGCUGCGCAUCAACCGGGAUGCAUCAACACAGGCGGAGUUCUCGAACCUGGACCUGAAAGGCGUGAUCAAGCCGGGUUUGGAAAGCUUGCAUGACAACUACCGGACGCGUGCCAGCCAGCUAAGUCAGGACCUGGUCAGUCUCCGCGAGGAGUGCGUGGUGCGCCAGGAGGCUAACGCAGAGAAGGAGGAGGAGAAUGCCUCACUAGAGGCGGAGGCUGCCAAGCUUGAGUCGCAGCUACAGUCAGCCAAGGAAGCACUCGAGGAGAAGUGCCGGCGGUUAGUCGCACAGACUGACGCCAUCAAGGCUCAGGUCGAGGACCUUCGUGGCGCUGCCUCCAACCGGACGGAGCACAUGGAGGAGAAGCUAGCGCGGGCGCAGGCUGCUUACGAGCAAGCCAAGCGGGAUGCGGAGGCCGAGCUUGCCCGGUUGGAAGGCGACCUCAAGGCGGCCAGUAAGAUGCUCAUAGCCCACAAGGAGGCCAUCACCAACAUCAUUGGCCACACUGCAACGGUCGUACGGCAAAUUAAGGCGGAGGUGCUCAGCGGCCCUGCGCCACGACCGAAGCACGCAGUAUAGUGUAAGCUGCGUAGGUUAGCGUGCAUAUGUUUUAUGUGAGCCUGAAAGGCUGGCGGCGCCUGUGCAUUUUGGUCGGUGUGUGUCAGGUCCAUGCGCAUAUGAUUUAAGAAAUCUGGCCGUGCACAUGUGUGCCAGCUAAUGCAUGCAGGUAUUGGUGAAUGCAUUCGCCGUGAGAUGUUGCGGUGGGUCUGGUGGAACCACUUCCCUGCACAUGUACUAGAAGACCUGCCCUACAGUUGAAGCGAAGGUACCGAUACGAGAAUUGACAAUAUGUUUUUGUGGUCCCGAGGACGAUACUUGUAUCAAAUGAUGAUACUCUGGCUGGCUUAAUGGCAACGCGGCUCUGAGCUGCUGAGGAGGAAUGGGACUCUGGUUCCAGCGCGCAUUACGGCAGCGUACUUGUGCUGCCAGCACGGCACGCGUGUGUUGCAAAGGGAAUGUCCUUGAAGGCACAGUAUAGCGUAGGAACAGGAUGGCGGACGUGCUGCUUUGCCGACCCAGGGUCAUUUCAGGCAUGGGAUGGACUUCAGGCAGAUGUUCAUAGCAGAGAAUGCUAUUAAUUCGUAAUCUUUGUCGGUAUGUGUCCAGGCUAACAGCAACCUAAAUGUUCGUAUUAACCAACAGAGGGCGUACUG